UUCCACGUCCGGUUCCUUAUUUCUUAUUUUUUGCGACUCCAUCUGAAGCUCUUCUUUACUCUCUUUCCCUCUCACCCCCUUUCAUACAUCUCUGUAACUUCUUUAUUAUUCCAGACAUUAAAUGAUAUAUCAUGGUUCACCGGCAGGACCAGGUGGAAAUGAUCCUUCGCCAUGUUGACUCUCUAUCAUCAAAGUACAAGAAAGCCCCUGUGCGUUUUCGCAUUGAGCCAGCACCACAGUAUUGCAAUCAAGAUGGCCAGCUAACCUGUUCGCCAGGCGCACUUUUUGAAGGCACAGUGCUCGUACAAUUGAGUGAGCCUUUGGCUGCUGUGCAGUUGAAACUUGCGUUCAAAUUAUCAGAGAUGCUCAAUUACGAUGCAAUUGCUUGGGGUAAACGGAUAGUGGAAGAUCGCAUAUUCAACGUUAGGACAGUCUUGUGGGGCCAUCCUUCCCAUGAUACUGAGAGUGUUCGUAACUGGCCAGUGAUGGAACCGGGCUAUCAUCUUUUUCCAUUCACCUGUGCUAUGCCAAACGUCAACUAUCCACCAUCAGCGCUCAAUAAUACACUCGUUUACUAUGCCUUUCAUAUCGUCGCCACGCUCGAUCGACCGGGACUCCGACCUUUCCAAACAGAACCUUGCGUUGUAUCCUUCCAACCCAAAAUACCGAUACCACCUACGCUAGCACUUGCAUCCUCAACUACUUCUUUCAAAGAAGAAAAGCAGCUUGGUCCGAUAUCAGUCGCCGUCCGUGUCCCCACUACGACGUACCAUAUUGGCGACAUAUUACGAGUCGCUAUUCGAGCAAGCGAUCUGAUUUUCGCUACGGUUUCUCUCGAGCAACAUUUCAAGGUGACGACAAGUGCGUUUCAUUCCACGAAAACCAUUGUUCUCAAGCACGUCCAGCGUCGGAUGGAAACCGGAGAAUUUCUUAUUCUGCUAAAUGAAGAAGAUGGUGUUUCACCUUCCUUUGAAUAUGGACGACAGGUGGAUAUGCGAUAUAGUGUCAAGAUCGUUGUGAAAUGCAAACAAAACACACUGCAGACCAAGAAAAAAACGUUUUUGGUGCCAGUUUUUAUAGCAACAGCAUCGGCAGCUGAGGUUGCCUUGGAAGAUGAACUUUUAUUGCCAUACACCGAUGACGUUGUUGUAAGCGACAAUACGCUGCUUACUAAGCCCAAGUUUCUUCGGCAUCAAACAGAGCCAUUGCCUUUGUUACCGCCCUAUGACGCUGCUGAUUGUCCGCCCGGGUACUGUGCGGAAGAAGCUGAUUAACAAACUUUCAUCUUCACAUGAAAAAGAACACUCCGCAGAAAAAUCAAUAACCAUGCACUGUGCAUAACCACAUAGAU